GAUUGCAACUAAAAGGCAGGAGCUUUCUUGUUCCUUCAUUUUUUUUUUAAUUGUAGUGUUUAUGGCUAGAGAAGAAAUCACAUGUAAAGAGAAACUUACAUGAUUUCAGGGAACAGAAGAGUGGAAAGAGGAAGAAACUAUAAGAAAGGUGUCUCCUUUUCUUCUUAGGCAAAGUGAAGGUUGACAAAGGCACAUCUUUCUGACCCAAAAAAUGAGUGACCAAGGUCCACUUCCGAUGCCUCUUGGCGGAAAUUUCAGCAUACCUAAACCUGUCUCUGACUUCUUUGAGGGUGUAGAGAAGCUUAUUCCUGGUCACAUCUUGGGAAUGAUCAUAUCAUCGAAACCAGAUAACAGUCGUGUCACGGUUGUCAGCUGCAAAGAAACUUCAUACGCUAGGUGGAGAAAUCACACGGUUAUGCCAGGCUUUCUGAAGGAUACAAACUGGAAAGAGUACAUGGGUCGUGUUAGAGAUCAAGGAGGCCAUGACACUUGUUGGGCUGUUGUAACUGCAGAGUUGAUCAGUGCCAUAAGAUUCAUUCUGAAGUAUGAUGCAAAGUACACUGAGUACUCUGCCCAGUACUUAGUGGAUUAUGCUAACCCAGCAAAGGCAUUAGCGAACUAUCCAAAAGAAAAGCAUUACUGCUACACUUACUCUGUAGCUAAAGGGUUAGAUUUUGUACUGGAUGGAGGUAUACCAACAGAAGCACACUGGGAAUAUAAGGGUUGUAGGAAACAGCCAGCUUACCGUACACCAAAGGAUCAUCCUCAUGUUCACAUUGCUUCUGUUCAGCGAUUAACUUCUGUAGAAGAGAUGUUCCACAACUUGCAAUUUCAUCCAAUUGGGGGAAUUUACCGAGGGCCUACAUCCAAAGCAUCUGUGUAUAUAGGUGCUCAUGCAGUCUCCAUAUAUGGCAUUAAAGUGGUAAACGGAGAGACCAUUGCGCUCGUGAAGUCUACUCACGGCACAGAAUUAGGGAAUGACGGUUACUUCAGAGUAUCUCUAGAUACCAUGCUAGUUGAGGAAGUGGAUUCCCUCUCACAUUUUGCGGCUUCACCAAACACUCGAGAUUGA